AUGUCACAACAUCAAGAUACAUCUGCUUCUAAAAAUACUAAGUCUACUCCAAAAUUUAGUGUUCCUCCCAUGGGCGUCCCUGAUGAUGAGAUUCUGGAUGUUGCUCCUCUCUCUGUUAUUCCCGUCGCGGACAUUGAUUUGAACCAACCAAUCUCCAUUGAUGCCUCCGCUUCUGCAUGUUUCAAUCAAGGUAAUCCCUCUAGUAUUCCGUCUGGUUCAACUCCUGUCACUAAGUAUAAGGAAGGAACACAUUAUACUGAUCAUGUUAUAAGAGACAUAGUUACUAGAAUUGUUAAUGAAAGCCACUCUCUGAAGGGGGUUUCUACUCCCCUUGCUCAAAUAUAUUCCCCUCCUGAGGUUGAACAACCUAGUGGUAAGGGUGAUGAUUCCUCAAGUUCUGAAAAGGCCUUGGUUGCUGAAGGGUUGCGCCCUCUAGGGCAAACCGUGUCUGACAAAGGGAAAUUUAUGGCCUCUAACAUGGCUAAUGCUUCCCACUCUGAGAAGUAUGAUGAUGCAAAUGUUGUGAUUGAUCUAGAGAAUGGUAGCUCUAAUCAUCAAGAGGAAAGUUUGAUUCAUCAUAUAAAGCCAAGUGUGGCUAAACGCAUGAAGACUCGCAAAGGAAAAUUUGUGGCUGAACUUAUGUCAGCUAGAGAAGCUAAGAAGACUGUUGUCAUUGGUCCCUCCAAACCAUGGAGCAAGGUUGAAAUAAAGAAGAGGAAGGUCAGAGAUGAUUCUGAGCCUAAAGAGGAUGUUGAGGAAGAUGUCCCUGACAUCUCGCCUGCGAAGAAAACUACUGUUAGGAAGUCUCCUGUUAAAGUACAUGUUGUCCAUUUGGAUAACAUCUCCUUCCAUCUUGAGGAUGGAGCUGCUAAAUGGAAAUUUGUGAUUCAGAGAAGGAUAGUUGUGGAAAGGGAAUUGGGAAAAGAUGUUGCUGAUGUCAAGGAGGUCAUGGACCUGAUACAAGCGAGUGGGCUUUUGAAGACUGUUGCUGGGUUUUCUCAAUGCUACGAAGGUUUAGUCAAGGAAUUUAUUGUUAAUAUUCCUGAGGAUAUUUCUGAUAAGAAUAACAAGGAGUUCUGCAAGGUGUAUGUGAGGGGUAAGUGUAUAACAUUCUCUCCUACUGUUAUUAAUAAUUUUCUAGGCCGAAAUAAUGAGGGUGCAUGA